AUUUACUGAACGUAGCCUGUAUUAUUCGAGAACGUUUCGCUCACGCGUGUGUCAAUUUGCGGUUAUAAUUUGUCGCCUUAUAUAAAAAUCUACGAAGAAAGAUGUAUCCUGGACGUGCACCUAUUUUAGUCCUAAGCCAAAACACAAAACGUGAUAGCGGCAAAAAGGUGCAGUUGGAGAACAUCAAUGCCGGAAAGCAAAUUGCGGACGUUAUUCGAACAUGUCUGGGGCCACAGGCGAUGUUAAAGAUGUUGAUGGAUCCCAUGGGUGGGAUUGUAAUGACAAAUGACGGUAAUGCGAUCUUGCGUGAAAUUAUCGUACAACACCCAGCUGCAAAAAGCAUGAUUGAAAUCGCUCGUACUCAAGAUGAGGAAGUUGGUGAUGGUACCACAUCCGUUACUGUACUUGCCGGGGAAAUGUUGGUGGCCGCCGAACAAUUUUUAGAGCAACAAAUGCAUCCCACCAUUAUUAUUAGACAGUAUAGGCAAGCUUUAGAGGAUAUGAUAAAGCUUUUAGAGGGACCAUAUAGCAUUCCUGUUGAUAAAAAUAAUAAAGCAGCUUUAGCUAAUGUGAUUAAAGGGUGUAUUGGUACCAAAUUCAUAAGCCGUUGGUCCGAUUUAGCAGUAAAUAUUGCUUUGGAUGCGGUUAAUACUGUAACAUUGACAGAAAAUGGUCGAACAGAAGUUGAUAUUAAGCGGUAUGUCAAGGUGGAGAAAAUUCCAGGGGGUACUAUUGAAGAUUCUAAGAUUCUUGAUGGAAUUAUGGUCAAUAAGGAUGUCACUCACCCAAAAAUGAAGCGAUAUAUUGAGAACCCACGAAUAAUCUUGCUUGAUUGUAACCUUGAAUAUAAAAAAGGCGAAUCUCAAACAAACAUAGAAAUUAAAGGAGAUACGGAAUUCACUAGAUUGUUAGAACUUGAAGAAGAACACGUACGUAGACAAUGUGACGACAUAAUCGCUCUUAAACCCGACCUAAUCUUCACUGAAAAAGGCGUGUCUGAUUUAGCACAACAUUUCCUUGUUAAAGCUGGAAUAACGGCUAUCAGACGUGUAAGAAAAUCUGAUAAUAAUCGUAUCUCAAGAGCUUGUGGCGCUACAAUAGUUAAUCGAACAGAAGAACUUCAAGAAUCUGAUGUAGGCACAAGAUGUGGUCUUUUUGAGGUUAAAAAAAUAGGUGAUGAAUACUUCACUUUCUUAGUAAAAUGCCAUGAUCCAAAAGCAUGUACAAUCCUACUUCGUGGUGCAAGUAAAGAUGUGUUAAAUGAAACUGAACGAAAUUUACAAGAUGCUCUUCAAGUUGCUAGAAACAUUAUGGUCACACCACGUUUAGUUCCUGGUGGUGGAGCUAUCGAAAUGGCAAUAGCUCAGCAUUUAAUUCAGAAGGCGACUCAUGGUCCAUACCGAGCUUUAGCGCAUGCUUUGGAAAUUAUUCCCAGAACUUUGGCUCAAAAUUGCGGUGCAAACACCAUUCGUACUUUAACCGCAUUAAGAGCAAAACAUGCCGCUCAUACCGAUCAAACCUCACCAUGUACUUGGGGUAUUGAUGGUGAAACUGGAGAAUUAGUUGAGCAGAUUAAGGAAAAGGGAAUUUGGGAGCCAUUAUCUGUAAAGUUGCAAAUUUAUAAAACUGCUGUUGAAACGGCUAUUUUAUUGUUGCGUAUCGAUGAUAUUGUAUCUGGAUCAAAGAAGAAGGAUGGGAAGGAGCCCCCUAAACCAUCCGAAGUCCAACAACAAGAAUAAAAUUAGAACACUUUAAAAAAUCACUUAUCAUUAAUUUUGAAAUCAAUUCACCGCAUUUAAAAUUAAUCGUUUGCUUUACUAAGUUAUAAUUCAGUUCUGUUCUUCUAAGUAUUGUGUUUUGCUAAUAAAAUGUAUUUGAAUACUA